GAUAACUCUCGCUGAAGGUCAUUGAAAUCUAAUGAAAACACAACGUGUGUAACACUUGGUUUCCAUUAUACCAGCUGCUUACCGUUUGUAAUAAGAGGUCCAGGGCAAUUUCCAGCAUGCCUACUGAUGAGAAGGGAGCCCUGAAUGGACCAGUGGGAGCUGUCUCCCCUCUCCGGCAGACAGUUGAUGCUAGUAUUGACUUUAUAGGAGGUGUCAAUGGUGGAAUAGCCAAUGUCAUAGUAGGGCAAUCCCUGGAUACAGUCAAGGUGAAGAUGCAGACAUUCCCAGGAAUGUAUAAGAAUGCAUUUGAUUGUUUUAUGAAAACAUUCAGACAGGACGGUAUACGAGGACUUUAUGCUGGUACAGUCCCAGCCAUGACAGCUAAUAUAGCUGAGAACUCGGUUCUAUUUAUGUUUUAUGGUCUCUGUCAAAAGGUUGUAAUGAACAUAUCAAAGAAGAAAAGUGUAGCUGAUUUAAAUCCUGUGGAGAAUGCUUUAUCAGGGAGCGGAGCAGCUUUCUUUUGUUCCUUCAGUCUCUGUCCAACAGAACUCAUCAAAUGUCGUCUACAGGCCAUGAGAGAGAUGGCGACACAUGGAAAACUGGAGGGAGGCAUAGAACAAAUGAAAAUUGGUCCCUGGGGAAUGACAAGAGAAAUUCUGAAGCAGGAAGGAAUUCCAGGAAUGUUCAAGGGUCUCACCAGUACCAUGGCUAGGGAAAUGCCUGGAUAUUUCUUCUUCUUUGGAGGCUAUGAAAUCUCUCGUCACUACCUCACACCUCCAGGCAAAACAAAAGAUGAGAUUGGUGUAUGGCGGACAGUGGUGUCUGGAGGGAUAGGAGGGGUUUGUUUAUGGACCUCUAUCUUCCCUACAGACGUGGUUAAGUCAAGGAUCCAAGUACAGAGUACAGUGGGUAAAAAGGCCCCAUCUUUUUAUAAAACUCUCACACAUAUCGGAAGGACAGAAGGUAUCAGGGCUCUAUAUAACGGGCUAGGACCAACGAUUGUUAGGACUUUUCCAUCUACUGGUGCCUUGUUUCUGACAUAUGAGACAACAAAGAAAGUACUGACAGACCUUGCCGACCAGAAUGUGUGAUGAUUUGUUUUUGUUGUGUUAUUUUAGUUGAAAUUUUUUAACUUUGUACAUUGUAAACAGGUAUUUAUUGAACCAUACAUGGCAUGGAAUCUAACUUGGUCAUCUUUGGUUUAAAAAUAAGUAUAAUACUAUUGCUAUUGCUGCAGGGCAGUGUACUACUGUGGUAAAGAGAAUUGGGUAAAUGGAACCAUUCAUAAUGGAAUAAUACUCAGAACUACUAGCUAUAGCUAACUAUUAUAUUGACAUAAUACAGAAGAUAAUUAAAACUUGGAAAGUCAAAGCUCUACACACAAAAAUGACGUUAUGCACUUAAUGUUUUAGAGUGAGUUCUGAAUUAAAGGUCAUUGAUUGAUUAGCAUAAUGAAGAAGCAGGGCUUCCAGUAGACCUUUGAGAGUGUUUUUAGGAACAAGUCUAUUGGACAUAUGUUUUGAACAUUCAGAUUUCUGAGAAAUAGUCAUUUGACUUCUGAUAUUGCUAAAAAUCAAGAGUUAGCAGGGUGCCUUGAUGUGGUGUUAUAAUAUUGAGUUAAUGCUGUUCCAUCAUUAAUUGUACAGAAGUGUCGAUUGUGAAUUGCUUACAGUAAUAAGCCAGAGCUUUUAUCCAAAGGUUUCUGAUAUUUUAUCCGCCUUUUGAAUAUAUUAUAAAAUAUGACACAAUGUAUCGGACACUAUCAUUUUUUUAAAUGUUGAUAAAACAUUAGAAACCUUCGGAUUAUUGGGGAUUUAAAGUGUCACCUAGAGUUUUAUUCAAUGUAUUCUUUAAAAUCACUAAUCUAAUAUUUGUGCCAAAUGUUGUAGAUUGAUAGUGAAUUUUAGAUUGUAGAAAUAGAAUAUUAAUUACACGUCAUAUUUCCAUUUCUCCAAAAUCAUUUAUUGAUAUUAGAUAACCCCAGUGUGUGAGAGGAUUGGUAUUAAUCACAUUCCAUCAUGGAAGAUUAUGGCUGUUACAUGUACAGAGGACUUUGUUAAUGUUUGUAUGACAGAAUUCAAUACCACGGAAAUUUUAUAUUUUUAUGGCCAAUGUCAGGAGAUGUGGUCCCCUUAUAGUAAACAGGUUGUGUGUCUGUCUGUCUGUCCGUCCGUCCGUCCGUCCUUCAAUCUGUCCAUCUGCUGUCACUCUGUUUCUUUGUCUGUCCUUCCCUCAUUCUGUCUGUUUUUUCGUUUCUGAUAAAGUUUUACGUUUUGCUUUGCCAAUUACACUCAGACUCUAUCCAAUGCUUCCUCAAAAGAAUGUGCUUGUUUUUGGAUAGCUUGUUUGGCCAGUUAGGUUAAAGGGCAAGGUUAAUGGUACCAUACCAAGUAAAUAAAAAAAAAGUUUAUGCAUAAUAAUUCAAGUUCUGUUGAGCCGAUUGCACUCAGACUUCACCAAGUGUUUCCUUGGAGAAAUAGCUUGCUCAGGAUAGCUUUCCAGGCUCUAGGUCGAAGGUUAGAUUUGGGUGGUCAUUAUUCAAUGUUAAAUGGUCAAAGUACCAUGCUUUUCCACUUUUGAUAUAAAAAGUUUGUACAAAAUAUCCUAAGAACUCUUUUAAAUAAUUGAAUUCUCCAUGAUAUGAUAUCAAAAAUUGUAUAAAUGUGUUAUUUGUAUCAGCAGCAAUUUAAUAGCAAUGUAACACUUAAGUGUUGCUCAGGUUUUAGACACACAGGUUAUAGGACCCUUCCUGACAUGUCCGUUCUCUACUGACUAGUUUGUCUAUAUCAAAAAAUGAAAUUGUCUGUUGAAAAACAAAAUAUUCAUUGAAAAAUCGUGUCAGGUCUUGUGUGACACUGUGGACAAUGAAGUGACCAAGUUUUGUGUGAAACAAUUUCUGGAUGAAAGCAGUAUAUCAUUUUCGUUCUUGUUAUUGAAAUAUUUCAUCUGAUUGCUUUUGUUCUCAGAGGUGUACCUGAAAACACAAUCUGAUCUCUAAAUGUAUAGGUCAGUGUUUUUUCACUUAAUCUUUUAAUCACAUUUUGUUAAAAUAUUGAUAAUUUUGUGUUUAUGUAAGGCUAUUUAGCUUGUUAACAGAAAUUAUUGAUACAUUCCAAAAAAUCUCUGGUUGAAUAAUUCUACUCGACUUCAGUACCUGAAUAUUAGAACACAAUCCUAUAAGAGAUCCGCAUCCUUCCUGGAGAAGUCAUUAACUUUGUGGGGGAGUUAGGGAGUUAUAAACUUCCCAGAGGAGUUAUAAACUUCCCAGAGGAGUCAAUAACUUCCCAGAGGAGUUAUAAACUUCCCAGAGGAGUUAUAAACUUCCCAGAGGAGUUAUAAACUUCCCAGAGGAGUCAUUAACUUCCUGGAGGAGUCGAUAACUUCCCGGAGGAGUCAAUAACUUCCCGGAGGAGUCAUUAACUUCCCGGAGGAGUCAAUAACUUCCUGGAAGAGUCAUUAACUUCCUGGAUGAGUCAUUAACUUCCUGGAGGAGUUAUUAACUUCCUGGAAGAGUCAUUAACUUCCUGGAGGAGUCAUUAACUUCCUGGAGGAGUCAUUAACUUCCUGGAGGAGUCAAUAACUUCCCGGAGGAGUCAUUAACUUCCUGGAGGAAUCGAUAACUUCCUGGAGGAGUAGAGGAGUCAUUAACUUCCUGGAGGAGUCGAUAACUUCCUGGAGGAGUAGAGGAGUCAUUAACUUCCUGGAGGAGUCGAUAACUUCCUGGAGGAGUAGAGGAGUCAUUAACUUCCUGGAGGAGUCGAUAACUUCCUGGAGGAGUUUUUAACUUCCUGGAGGAGUAGAGGAGUCAUUAACUUCCUGUUACUAUAUGUUGUUGGGAUGUUGUAAGGUAAAACUUAGGUUGACACCAGAAAUAGACUUUGGGUUGAUUUGGAACUUAAGAUAUAGAAAAUUAUUCUCCUUUUAAGUAAGUUUAAGGAACUGAUCGAGUGUUGUUGGUAUAAAGUUAUGUACUGGUUAAUGUUUUAUUAUGUAGUUAUACAGGUAAAGUUUUAUUCAGCAUGCUUAUACUUACUAUGCUUUCUUAUUAAUGUUUGGAUGUUUUUGUCAUUUUGAUUAUGUGAAGUCAUACUUAUGUGCUUAGCAAGCAAAAGCCCUUGUAUUUUGUUGAUGUGCUGCUUUGCAAACCACAUUUUAUAUCUUGUUACAUUUUAUAAAUUUUGUCUGAUGACCAUAUUUGUCAUAUCAACAACAGUUAAGAUAAUAUCCAUCAUGUCCUUCACAGCACAGUGAAUACUGGAACAUUAAGCCUUUCUCCCAAUAGAUAAUACAAAAUAAUAAUAAACAUAUACAUAGAUACUGCAUCCUUCUGAUUCUAGUAACAAUAUAAUUAGUGAUGAAUGGCAUGUAUGGAAUAACAUCAUUGUAGUAGUGAUCCUGACUAGAACUGUGGGAGAGCUGUAUUAGUGGUUUCAUGAACCCUGUCACCAUAGUGAAUAGGAAUGGGAGACAACUGUAUCAGUGGUUCCAGUAUCCUGUCACUAUAGUGAAUAGGAAUGGGAGACAACUGUAUCAGUGGUUCAAGUAUCCUGUCACUAUAGUGAAUAGGAAUGGGAGACAACUGUAUCAGUGGUUCAAGUAUCUUGUCACUAGUAGUGACUAGAUAUGGAGGACAGGUGUAUUAGUUUCAGUACCUUGUCACCAUAAUUACUAGAAAUGGGAGACAAGUGUAGUAUUGGUUUCAGUAUCCUGUCACCAUAGUUACUAGAUAUGGGAGACGUUUGUAUUAUUGGUUUCGGUAACCCUGUCACCAUAAUUACUAGAAAUGGGAGACAGGAUCAGCUGUAUGAGUGGUUCCAAUUACCUGUCACCCUAGUUACUAGAAAUGGGAGACAGGAUCAGCUGUAUGAGUGGUUCCAAUUACCUGUCACCCUAGUUACUAGAAAUGGGAGACAGGAUCAGCUGUAUGAGUGGUUCCAAUUACCUGUCACCCUAGCUACUAGAAAUGGGAGACAGGAUCAGCUGUAUGAGUGGUUCCAAUUACCUGUCGCCCUAGUUACUAGAAAUGGGAGACAGGAUCAGCUGUAUGAGUGGUUCCAAUUACCUGUCACCCUAGUUACUAGAAAUAGGAGACAGGAUCAGCUGUAUGAGUGGUUCCAAUUACCUGUCACCCUAGUUAAUAGAAAUGGGAGACAGGAUCAGCUGUAUGAGUGGUUCCAAUUACCUGUCACCCUAGUUACUAGAAAUGGGAGACGUUUGUAUGUUACCAGCAGUGACUAAAUAUUUGUGAUGAGUGUGGAAGAAGUGAGUGUUUACUAGAACAACCUGUAUUACAGGGACUGGUUAUCGAGAACUAUUUGAAAUCAAUGGACCAUUGGUAACUUAAUCAUGAACCACUACAAAUAUAGGGAUGGUUGGAUUGUGGAAUAACUAAAUUGCUGGUAGAUUAAAGUUUAACUUAAUGGAAUGAAUAAAUAUAUAAUCUUGCCUCUCUUGUUGAAAUAUUACAAUGUUCACUUUGAUCACGUGAUCAAAGGUACAUUUCUUUUUUUCUUUGUUGUAAAAAAUAUGGCAAGCGAUGUUAAUUCGAUUUUGAUUGAGAAAUAACUUGUUUUUAUGCAUUAUUUCGAAUUAUGUUAAAGUGUAACAUAUAUUGUAAACUUAUAUCUAUUAUUUCGGAGUUACUUCCACAACACCCUUCAAACUGGUGAAGUCGAUUUGUUAACAAUAUGCCAUGACUAUUCAGAAUCUCAUUUUACAGUAAUAUUAGAUAGUAUAUGCGUUGUUAUUUAAGAUAAUAUACCUACCAUUGUAACCUAAUAACCUCUGAUGUCCUUAAAUCUGCUUUGUCCGCGUGUCCGUCCGUUUGAAGGAUAUCUAUCUUAGACGUUGCAGUAAGUUCUAAGUUUGGCUUUCAUCAAUUAAAGAGUCUGUCCUAUUAGUGUUAAAAGAAUACAUGUACCAUGCUUUCUCUUUGUAUGGUUGUUCUUAAAAGAACUUUUUCUGGAUUUCAGAUAAAAAUUACAUUUCAUGAUUUUUUUUUGAGAGAGAGGAUUCAAGUAAGACAUCAGCACCCUAUCAAUUAUAUUUCGUUAUGAAACGUUAAUAUUCAGUUAUAAACACGGUCAGGAUUAAAUUCGCGAGACAACGGUUUCCUCGGGUAUUGGUCUUCAGGGAGUGUGACAUACAGAUAGUGUCUGAUAAGGCUUUUAUUGGUUAUUAUGAAGAAAUUGGUUAUACAUGCUUUUAAAAUGAGAUUGCAAUAUAUCUAUUCACUAAAUCACGUUGCUCAGUGAUUGGAAGCUUGUAAAGCUCAAAUGUUUUUUCUCUUAUUCGAUCCAGUAUGACAUCACAGUCAUAUAUUUGUUAAAUAUGCUGCUUUCGAUGAUAUUAUUGAAGAAUGGAUUCAUUAAUUUUGUAAUAAAUGAAAAAGAAUA